CCAAGCAACUAUUCUUCAGUAUGUAGAUGACCUCCUGGUGGCAACUUUGACCGAUGAAGAAUGUCUUGCAGCCACCAAGGGCCUCCUGGAAGUUAAGACUUGGGAUAUCGGGUGUCCUGGAAAAAAGCUCAGCUUUGCCAGACCAAGGUAACCUACUUGGGCUAUAUUCUUGAGGAAGGAAAGAGGAGGUUGGCAGAAUCAAGGGUAUCAGCAAUUCUCCAGGUUCCAGAACCAAGCUCAAAGAAACAGGUGCAUGAAUUCCUAGGGGUGAUUGGGUAUUGCAGAAUUUGGAUCCCUGGCUUUGCUGAAAUUGCCAAACCCCUGCACGAAGCCACCGUGGGGGGAGAUAUGCCCCUCAAAUGGACUGAGGCUUGCCAGCAGGCAUUCCAAUUGCUUAAAACUAUGCUUGCAUCGGCACCAACCCUGGCAUUGCCAGAUAUAACCAAGCCCUUCACUCUGUAUAUAGCAGAGAAGAACAGGGUAGCUAAGGGAGUGAUUACUCAGCCUUUGGGACCAUGGAAGCGGCCGGUGGCAUACCUCUCAAAAAAGCUAGACCCAGUGGCCCGAGGGUGGCCCACCUGUCUAAGGACUGUAGCAGCAGCAGCUGCUCUAACCUGAGAGGCUGACAAACUGACAUUCGGACAGGAUUUGACUUUAGUCAUUCCCCAUACCAUUGAGCCCUUAUUAAACAGCUCCCCUAGCAAGUGGCUAUCUAAUGCCAGAUUGUUGCAAUACCAAGGACUCCUAUUGGAGCAGCCACGCAUCAAGUUUGCCACCACUGCUAGCCUCAACCCGGCUACCUUACUCCCAGAGUCCAACGAACAGAUGCCUAUCCACUGACGGGUGCAGCUUUGAGUGUGGCGGAGUGUGUUAUGCUGGGGCGGCGGUGGUCAACCAGGACCAACAGGUGGAAUGGGAGCAAGGGCUGCCCCAAGGGACAUCAGCACAAAAGGCUGAGUUGAUUGCUUUGACCAAGGCUCUGGAACUGGGUAAAGGUAAAAGGAUAAAUAUUUUCACUGACAGCCAUUAUGCUUUUGCCACUGCCCAUGUACACGGGGAGAUUUAUCAAAACUGAGAGCUACUGACCUCUGAAGGAAAGACAAUUAAAAAUAAAACUGAGAUAUUGACAUUGUUACAAGCCAUUUGGCUGCCCCGAGAGGUUGCUAUCAUCCAUGUCCGUGGGCAUCAAAAGGGGGAUAGCCCCGAGGUGAUUGGUAAUAAUGCAGCUGAUCUGGCAGCGAAACAGGCUGCCCCCAAAUCAGUGGGGAAACAGAUGGUUCUGCUCCCUACACCGGUGCUGCCAGAGAAACCAGAGUACACAGAUGAAGAAAUGGUGGAAAUGGCCAAAAAGUGGUGGACCCAAGGUAAACAUGAAUGGUGGACGACCAAGGAUGAAAAAGUGGUGCUCCCAGCUGCUGUAGCAGAUACGCUGCUACAAGAACUGCAUAGGUCCACCCACCUUGGUGAGAAAAGAAUGAUGGCCACUCUGCGACCCCAUUUCGUCAGCAAGGGAAUGGCACAAAAGGCCGAAGACCUGGUGAGACGAUGCCCCACCUGUAUCAAGGUAAAUGCAAACCGGGUAACUGGAUCCCCCGGGGUCCGACAUAGAGGAUUAACUCCAGGAGAACAUUGGGAAGUGGAUUUUACCUAAAUGAAACCUGGCAUGUAUGGGUACAAGUACUUAUUAGUCUUUGUAGAUACUUUUUCAGGAUGGAUAGAAGCCUUUCCUACUAAGAGAGAGACAGCCGAGGUAACCGUCAAAAGGCUCUUGACAGAAAUAAUUCUUCGUUUUGGUUUGCCCUUAGCCCUGGGGUCCGACAAUGGCCCAGCCUUUAUGGCUAAAAUUAUCUUGAUUUAUCAGUAAAGCUUUAGGGAUAAAAUGGAAUUUGCAUUGUGCCUAUAGGCCUCAGAGUUCAGGACAAGUAGAAAGAGCAAAUUGAACCUUAAAAGAGGUCCUAACUAAAUUAUGCCUGGAGACUGAACAAGGUUGAGUAGAACUUCUCCCCUUUGCCCUCCUUCAUACCCGGUGUACCCCUAAGCUGCCUCUAAAUCUGUCACCCUACCAGAUCAUUUAUGGGCAAUCUCCCCUGAUCGUCCCUCUGGUUGAUUUGGAGUUGAAGGAAAAACUUUCCCACCUCCAACUCCUUAAGUCCCUAAAAGCAGUCCAUCAGCUUCAAUUAGAGCUACAUGAUAAGCUGAGAAAAACUAUGCCUGGUCCCAGUGAAAAACCUUUGCAACCCUUACCUUAUAAGCCGGGAGAUUUGGUUCUCAUUCGCAGGUUUGACUCCAAGACCCUAGAACCCCGCUGGAAGGGACCAUUUCCCAUUGUCCUGGUGACUCCCUCAGCAGUGAAGGUAGCUGGACACUCUGCCUGGAUCCACUGCAGCCAUUUAAAGGCGGCACCCCUGGAGGAAAUGACAUCAACAUGGCAGAUCGACCGGAACACAAACGACCCCCUCAAGAUAAGAUUGAUCAAAGACUAGUUUGGACAAUAUGGGGAUUCUUGGGGCUACUGUUCUUAUCAGGCCCGAUGGAAGGGGGAUCUGGACACCAGCUGGUGCUGUCCAGCCACACUCCCCAGAACUGGACUUGGUCCCUAAAAAAUGACUUAACGGGAGCUCACAUUGCCACCAUUACUACUGAUAGACAGCCCCAUUUUAUUAUAGACCUGUGUGCUCUGGGGCUUCCAAUCAUUAAUGGUGUGUGGGGGGGCUGGUUCAAAGGGUAAAGUUUCAUCUGGAAAGAUGGGUAAAGGGGGCUGCGGAGGGAGGUGUGGAACAGAUGAUAAGUUGGAAAAAACCCUCCAAGACAUAGAUAUUUAUGCCUGCCCCAUAGGAAAAAAUAAAAGGUGCAAUGGGGGACCAGGAAACCACUGUUAUUAUUGGGGUUGCAAAUCUAUUGCCCCGUGGAAAAACGAUGAUGCGUAAUUGGCCUUGGAACAACAAACACCAAGUGGUUCAUGUUCCAAAGGAAAAUGUAAUCCCAUCAAGUUAACUUUAAAACAAUGGCAGAAUCUGUAUAAAGAUUGGGAAAAAGGAAAAUCCUGGAUGAUGGCACUCUAUGUGGGUGGAAAGGACCCUAUGACUGACCUCCUCAUCCAGCGUAGCCCAGUAAUAGUACUGCCUAAACUGGUAGGCAACAUCUAUAGGGUCUCUGGCCCUCAAGAAAAAGAAAAGGCAAAAGGAACCUAUAAUGUGUCAUUAGCUGCUCCUGAAUCUCGGAUCCCACCAUAACUAAAACCCCUGGAUGCCAUGUACACCCUGUUAAAUGAGUCUAGCUCCAAUCUUACCCAAGGGUGUUGGCUGUGUUUGAGUCCACGUCCCCCGUAUUAUGUAGGGUUGGCAGUAAACAGCACCUUCUCAGAAGUUGACCAGAAUGAGUGUGAUUGGAAACAACUGAGGUUGUCAAUUGGGGAUAUAAAAGGAAAAGGGUCAUGUGUUAAGAAUCCAAGUGUUACAUCUUCUUAUCUGGACAGUAUAUGUUCUUAUCAGACACCCACCGCCAGUAAUGAAAAAUAUCUAAAAGCUGGAAACAAUGUAUGGUGGGCAUGUACAAAUGGUAUAACUCCUUGCUUGUCCAUGACAGUCCCUGUCCUGGCGCUCUCUGCAGCGGACCCCGUCCUGUCGUGCCGCGGGCCUUUCCCGCGCUCUCCCUUUCCCAAGCGUCCACAUCCCAGUCCUCGGAGCGGCCGCUGUCGCUCCGCUCUGUCAGUGUCCCUUGCAGGGAGGACUCACCCUCCUCGGCUUGGGGUCCGUUUCUCCCGCUUGGAGAAAGGCAGGUGGUAGCCCCAGGCUGCCAUUUGGUUUCCCACAGGCCAGAGCGAACCAAGGACUCAGGACAUAUCCGUGCGGGGCAGGACCCGCGGGGCAGGACCCUCUCGGCAGGUGCUCGGGAGACCGGAUCCUCCGAUGCGCACGCGCUCUCCCUCCGGCUUCCGGACCAGCCACCCGCGGUCCCCGACCUCCGCUACGGGCGCCACAGGUCACAGUGGGAGUCUGUCCCCCUGGGCAGAGCCACAGGUGUGGGGCGCGAUGGCUGAAGCUGGGGUGCUGGAGGUCCUGCGCCUGAAUGUGGGUGGCUGCAUGUACACUGCCAGGCGCCAGUCCCUGUGCCGCUUUAAGGACUCCAUGCUGGCGUCCAUGUUCAGUGGUCGUUUUCCUCUGAAAACGGACGAAUCAGGGGCUUGUGUCAUCGAGCGUGAUGGACACCUGUUCAAAUACCUCCUGGAUUAUCUUCACGGAGAGGUUCAGAUCCCUGCAGACUCGCAGACUCGCUUCGCCCUGCAGGAGGAGGCCGACUACUUCGGCAUCCCCUAUCCGGACAGCCUGUCAGACCACUUGGCUAAUGAAAUGGAGACAUACUCUUUAAGGUCAAAUAUAGAACUUAAAAAGGCCUUGGCAGACUUCUGCGGCUCUUACGGCUUGGUCUGCAGCGAGCCGACUGUCUGGGUUUUGCACUACCUCAGCACAUCUGGCGCCAGCUGCGAGAGCAGGGUCAUUGGGGUGUACACCACCAGGGCUGACGGCACGGACGCCAUCGAGCAGCAGCUGGGCCACAGGGUCCGCAGCAAGAGCAUCUUCAAGAGAGAGGCUGGGAAUAACAUCCAGUACAUUUGGAGCUAUUACUCGGUGGCAGAAUUGAAGAAAAUGAUGGACGCCUUUGAUGCGUGGGAAGGAAAAGGCGUCAGCUACUGGCGGGUGCCCCACGAGCUAGUCGAGUGCUGGACCCUGGAGCAGCGGCCGCUGCUCGGUAGCGUGUGCCAUGCCGCGCCCCUGCGCAAGAGGCGCUUGGAGACCCGGGGAGCAGCGGAAGAGGCCGGGCCAGGGCGGCGCCGCAGGGCUGGGCCCGCGCCGGGCGGACUCUCGGGCCCCUCCACCACGCAGCUCGGAGCGAGCUUCGCGGGCCCUCGGGGUGCGGACACGGCCGCGCUCCCUCCGCCUGCCCCGGCGCCCCGCCGGGUGGUAAAGCUUCGGAGGACCCCGCUGUGCGCCGCCCCCGCCCGGCCGCCGCCUGGGGCCCCGGGCGCCGAGGGGGUGCAGGGCGGAGCUGGCUGAGGACCGGAAGGAGCGGGAGCGGGGCCUGCGGCCGACGCGGAAGCACGCUGAGCGGCGGCGUGGUGGAGGGGGCGGUGCCCGCAGGCCUCGCCCCGCCCCCGUGUGGCCCCGCCCUGGGAGCCGCUCUGCUCCGCUCCUGCCGGCUCCCCGCCUCCUGCCGGCUCCCCGCCUCCUGCCCGCAGGGUGAGCCACACCGCAGGGGACGCCGCUGAGACUCCCAAGACUCCUGCGCCUGGCUGUGGAACGAAUUGCGCAGACACCUAUUUCAAUUGGAAGUGAAAGUUUGAAUGUAUUUGGAAGAAGUUAAAAUUGUUUAACUUUUUAACGAAAAUUAAACCACUAAAGAGCCAUUCUGACUAUAUGAUUUUUAUGGAUAAAAUUUCCAUAUAACUUGAAUUUAAUAUUUUAAACAAUAUUUGGAUUAAGCUCUUUUUUCAUGGCUGUUCUCUUGCGUGUGUUUGCUCUUACAUGCUAUAUUUUGUAACUGGUCACACACUUCUUUCAGAAUUAAGUUCCUAAAGCAGGGUCCUUUCCAUUGAAUGCCUACUAUUAUCUUUACAUUGCCUCGAAAGAAAAUAUACUCCAAACAUCACUUACAAAAUAAAGAAAAACCUUUCCAUAAAAAGUGA